AUGGCCGCUUCAGCAAAACGCCCUGAGAUUAUCGAGCUCGCCCGCGGGCUAAGAGGGGUGCCCAUGUGCGAGGACUACGAACGCAUGAUCUCCGGCAUGAUGUACAAUCCCAACAUCCCGCAGCUGCUUGAAGCACGCUAUCUAUGUCGUGGACUUUCCGCAGACUACAACAACCUGGACACGAAAACAGUGACGUAUGAUCAAAUCGGCGACAAGCGAUUGGAGCUUCUCCGCAAGCUGGUCGGCAAAGUGGGGGAUGGCACUUUCAUUGAGCCGCCUUUUCUCCCGGACUACGGCUGCAACACCGUGAUUGGAAAAGAUUGUUUCUUUAACUGGAACGUGACCAUCCUAGAUACUAGCCUGGUCAGCAUCGGCGACCGGGUGCAGAUCGGUACCGGGGUCAGCAUCAUCACCGCAGGUCACGAUACCAGUGUGUUGUCGCGUCGGAAGUUCGUCGAGUUCGGCCACCCGAUCUUCAUUGAGGAUGAUUGCUGGAUCGGGAGUAACGUCGUUGUCCUGCCCGGUGUCACGAUUGGCCAGGGUUCGACCAUCGGGGCGGGAUCAGUGGUCACUAAGGACAUCCCGCCAUUCUCCAUCGCAGUAGGCACGCCGUGUCGGGUAAAGAAGACGAUCCAAUCGGCAGAAGAAGAGGAGCAGGAUCCUAACAACCCGUAUCGCAAUUUGGUCCGCGAGGAUCGGUAA